AGACUAACUGCCACCCCUGGUCUUCUAGAAUAGCCUCGAGUAGAGUCCUCCUCUAGUUCAAAGGAAAUAAGUAAUCCAAAGUCACAACCAUAAAGAUGCUCACGGGUAUCGGACAAGAGUAUGCGAACUUGCAGGUUCCGCAGAAGAAGCGCAUGGCGCAGUCCCAUGCCAAUGCUUUGAAGGAGCUGGCCAAGUAUCUAUCGAAAGAAGAGCGUACAGCUUUGAUCUCCUUGCUGCAGAACGUGCAAGAAGUCGUCGCGGAAAAGCUGCCGCUGGGUAAGAAGACGUUCGGGAGCCGUGAGUAUCAGGGUACUUACCUUCGCCUCCCUAUCGAUGUGUUAGAUUUUCACUGGUAAAGGACGUUUCUGGAUGCUUGUCAAAUAGCUACACAAUAUAAGGUGGGACCAGUUUCAGAUACUAGAAGAACCAAAAGCGUCAGGCGCUUCUCUUGCAUAUGAGAAUACUCCUCAGCUUGUGCCUCAUCUUAAUGCACCCUCAUAUCUCAGACGGAUGGUCCGCUAUCCCUAAGACCCACCUGGCCAAGUGGCUGGCUCGCCACAGCAGCUGGUCUUUUGCGAGUUGCCAGCGUGUCAUCAAAUCAGGCCAAGCUGGAUGGGCUGUUCUUCAAGUGCUGGGCGCUACUGAUCCCAAUGUACAGCUAGAGCCCUUCGAUGCUUUUUAUACAUAGGGAGAUCAUGGCGACUCAAGUGAAAUCGAAGACCUUCUGAUGCAACCUCCUCCACUUCCUACAUCUGAGACCAAAGUUAGCUCCAAUCUGCAUCUCCUUCUACGCCUGUCAUAAUCAUCCUUUUACUCAGUUGCCUGCCGGAGAGAACGUGGGUUGCCACCCUGAUGAGAUCAGUUGUGACGCCGAGGUCAAGUUUCUGGCUCAGCGACAUGGCAAUCUUGGCGCGGUUCUCGAAGCAACCGAAAAGUAUGUGAACCAUCGCACGCCUAUCCCGGAAGAGCUGUGGUAUAUCAACACUGUUGCCGCCAAACUGAAUCCGAAGCCAGUGGGUCCACAGCUCAAGAAUGAAGCGGUAUUUGCGUUAGUUCGAACGUUAGAAUGAGUAGAGUUAUGAGUUGAGUUUGGUUUAUCUGAGAUCUCUUUGUAGCUAUGAGAUCUUGUCUUCUCGAUCUUGGUACUACUUUGAAACUUUGAUACUUAUUCCUUCACACUCGAACAGGAGCCGGACGAAGACGUCAACAUGUCGCCAGAGUCGAACGAUGUAAAGGAGAAGAAGAACCCGCGAAGCCGCUCGAACCGUCGCGUUGGUGCUGCAGAGAAAGAGGCAGAAGAGGUUCCUCCAGCAAACCUCUUCGGGCAGAAAGAUCCCAAGGCAUCGUCCACGAAGACCACUGCGACGAAGAAGCCCGCGGCCGCUCGUACGAUCGUCGAAAAGCAGUCGUCGGCGAAAGAUACUAAGACUGUCGAGACGGAGGUGGGGACGGUGCUCAUCAUAACGAUGAGUGACGGCACGACGCGCACGACGCUCCUCGAUAAAAAAGAGGUGAAGCAGCCGGCUGUCGAGCUGAAGGAGGGCUCUUCCUCCAAAGAUACCAAGAAAGAUGGAGUCGCGCCCGUCGAAACUAAGGCUACGAAGAAGAAGGCGGAGAAGAAGCGCGCCGCCAAACCCAAGGAGAAGGCUGAUGCUGCUCCCGUCAUCUCGCUGCCUCCUGGUCCAGCAAAGAAAGAACCGGAGCAGACCGUCGAAGAAGCUGCUGAAGAAGCUGCUUCUGAGGAGCCGAAGGAAGAGGAAAGUCAGGAGGCCGUGGAGGAGCAAGAGGAGGAGGCCGAAUCGCAAGAAGGCGUGGAGGAGUCGGGGGACGAGGAAGAGGAGGAAGAGGAGGAUGAAGGAGAAGAGGAGGAUGAAGGAGAAGAGGAUGAUGAGGAAGAAGAGGAGAGUGAAGAGGAGGUCGAAGAAGCUCCUGCAGAACCUGUCGUGGAGGCUAAGGAUGUGGGCAAACCGGGAAAAGUUUCGCUGCGAGACCUGGCGAAGGGAAAGGCGACCGUGGCCCCAGCGCAUGAAGAUGUGGAUAAAAAACCGAACGCGAAACAACUGGCACCCGCUGCGCCUGCGUCGUCCGCGACAUCGAUCGCAGCUGCGUUUGAAGCGGCUUUUCCACAUGAGGAAAAGGAGUAGGCUGAUAUGGAGCACGAAGCUUCUACGCACUAGAUUGCACUUGAUUCAUAGCUGAGCCACAUCUUUGUCACCUCGCAAAAUUUGUCUUCUUGAGUAAUUGAAUGUAAUUUGCCACACCGUAAAAACCGAGAUCAUUGAACAAGCCGAGCGAAGAACUGGAUUAUAAGCAUUAUCUUACAUCGAGCCAGCAGCCGUCACUGUUCACAGCAAGGCACUUCAGUCACAUUAUUAAAAUCAAAACAAGACUAUCUAUUAUGCUGGCAUAUGUCGAAAGUUAAUUAGUAUGGUAUUCGAAUUUCAUCAAUGGGACUACAGGGAAUCAAAUCAAUUCAACUUUACCGGAGAAAAAGUAUUUAUCGAUGAGAAUUCCAGCACAAGUAGCGGGAUGUUGCAGGUCGGAACUUCUUCUGAAUGAGCCAAAGUCUGACACUGAUGCCAGAAAACUCUAUGGCCUAGAUUUUUUAAAUUAAGAGAACCUACUGGCUCAGCUAUUGGAAG